AUGAAGUUUAUUCUUACCUCAGCGUUGCUUGUAUCCUCCGUCUUUGCCUCGGUGGUUCCAAGGGACAACAAGAAGAUUGACUACAGUGGAUUCAAGCUUCUUCGCCUGGAGAACAUCAAGGGUCUUGAAGCUAAAAUUGAGGAGCUAUCGGCCCACGUUCUGAACCCUGGAAAGUCCGCUCAGCUCGACGUCGUUGUGUCGCCUGAUCAUAUCGAUGCGAUAAACUCGCUGGCAGAGAGCAAAGUCAUUAACGAUGAUGUGGGUGCCAGUCUGGCUGAAGAGGGCGAGAUGGGAGUGUACGCUGUGCCAAGCGAGAGCUGGUUUACCGCAUACCACUCGUAUACAGAUCACAUUACGUUUCUGCGCGAUCUCCAGGCUGGUUACACUGGCAACUCAGAAAUUGUGACCUCAGGUUCUUCGGUGCAGGGUCGUGUCAUCACCGGUAUUCACAUUUGGGGUUCUGGCGGCAAAGGAUCGAAGCCCGCAGUGCUCAUCCAUGGCACAGUUCAUGCUCGCGAGUGGAUCACUACGAUGACCACCGAGUACUUUGCGUGGCAGCUGCUCACCAAGUACGCAUCAGACGCGAACAUAAAAGCGGUUGUCGAUAAAUUUGACUUCUACAUCAUGCCGAUCGUGAACCCAGACGGUUUCGUCUACACUCAGACAACAGACCGCCUCUGGCGUAAAAACCGCAAGACAAUUAGCGGGAACAGUUGCGUCGGCACUGACAUCAAUCGCAACUGGCCUUACAAGUGGGAGCUCACCAACGGUGCCAGUACCAACCCGUGUGCCGAGACCUACAAAGGCCAGGCCGCGGGAGAUACCCCUGAGAACCGCGGUCUUGUCGCACAGGUUCAAUCUCUGAAGAACUCGCGUGGCAUCCGAUUGUACAUUGAUGUGCACUCCUAUGGACAAUACAUUCUUUGGCCAUAUGGUUACGACUGCAGUCUUCGUGCCGAGAACGACGCCCAGCACCGUACUUUGGCAACAAACGCCGCAUCUGCUAUUCGUGCUGUCUCAGGUACUGCUUACACUAUCGGUCCUAGCUGCUCGACUUUGUAUGCCACCACUGGAUCCUCCACUGAUUACACUGACGUGACUGGUAAUGCAACCUACUCCUACACCUACGAGCUUCGCGACAAAUGCACGUACGGUUUUGCUCUGCCCGCAAACCAGAUUCAGCCCACCGUUAGGGAGACAUGGGCUGGGGUUUUGAGCAUGUUCAGGGCUGCUUGA